AUGGUUAACAUGUUUAGACGGAAAGACUCAAAACUGUCGACCAACGACGAGAAGGAUGACCGCGAGUCCUUUGUGUCAACCAGCAGUACAAGAACUUCAAAUGCAUCGAUGAAGGUUCCCAUGACAAUUAAGACUGUCAAUGGCGGAUCUGUUACAAUCCCAGAGGUCCCAGUCGCGCCCCCACCAGACCCAAACCUGGACCCAGCAGCUUAUCUACGAAGCAUUCAUUCUGUUCGCCAACGAUCAAGAGCCGUUAUGAAAAAAGCGAAGAGAAAUCAACUGAAUCACUUCGAUAUUGAUUUUAGCAAGUUUGCGGACACGGCUCAAUACGUUGCGUCCAUUAUCAAGCGGGAUUACGCCCCCGAUUACCAUGCCAUACCCGCCCAUAGUCGUUGGCAUCAUUUUGACGUUGGCGGGAGACCUCGGAUCAACCAACUCCUACAAUCAUGGCCUAGUACCAUUGACACGUUUGAACGGACUAGGCGACUGAUUGACCUCUUUCUUAUAUCGGUCUUGUUGGACGCUGGGUCGGGGAGUAAGUGGUCGUAUAAAUCUAAGGAAUCGGGAAGAAUCUAUAGAAGAAGUGAAGGUCUAGCGGUCGCCAGCCUGGAGAUGUUUAAGACCGGCUUAUUCAGUAGUGAUCCCACUGAGCCGUGCCAAGUGGAUGGCGCAGGCUUGAAAAAGGUCACUGUAGGGCAGCUUGCGAAGGGGAUGCAGCACUCCGAAAAUAAUCCAUUGCCCGGGCUGGAAGGACGGGCUGGCUUGCUGAUCAGGUUGUCAGAAGCGCUGAACAACCAAGAAUUUUUCGGGGUUGAUGCGAGACCAGGAAAUAUGCUUGAUUACCUUCUUUCCCACCACACCACUCUCGCAUCCUCCGUUCCCAUCAUUUCUAUUCCGACGCUGUGGUCCGUGCUUAUGGACGGGCUGUCAUCGAUUUGGCCCCCGUCUCGAACUCAGGUUGACGGCGUGUCUAUCGGAGAUGCCUGGCACUGUUCUGUCCUAGCAUCGCCGCCGGCAUCGAUAUCUUGGGAGAGUAUUGUUCCGUUCCACAAGUUGACACAAUGGCUCUGCUACUCACUCAUGGCACCGAUGACAAAAGUGAUGAAGAUUCAGUUUUCCGGGACCGGACUUCUGACGGGGCUACCCGAAUAUCGGAACGGAGGACUUCUCAUCGAUAUGGGCCUCUUGAACCUGAAACGCGAAGAUGCUGAGCGGGGCAUCCAGGCGUAUAAAUCCAACUCAAUGAUCAAAGGCCAGCCAAAUGUAGAAGUAGUUCCACUUUUUACGGUGGACGAUGAUGUGAUUGUGGAGUGGAGAGCUCUUACAGUCGGGUUCCUGGACGAAUUGCUUGAGGAAGUGAACAAUCUAUUAGGUCUACCUUCUGCGGAGCGUCUAACCCUUGCACAGAUGCUCGAAGCUGGAACUUGGAAGGGAGGGCGUGAAAUUGCGGAGGUUUCUCGGCCGAACACGAAAGAAGCCCCCAUUAUGAUUCUUUCCGAUGGGACUGUCUUUUAA